UCACAGAUCACUAAAUAUGUAGCCUGUUGUCAUUAUUUUAGUACCGUGCAAGUUCCGUGGUUAUUAGAAAGAAUUUUAUUUUAUUUACUCUAAAGUUAAUUCAUACAUCACAUUGUAAUCUUACUUAUGUUACUUAAAAAAUUCAAAUAUAUUGUCCACAAUGCCCAAUAUGUCUGAAAAUAUAAAUUCAAAGGAUGGGUUAGACAAAAAUCUUGAAGACUAUGAAAUACAAGAAGUUCUUCGAAAUGGCACAGACCUUCGAGAAUAUGCGUUGCAAAUCGAUAAAGGUAUUAAAGAAGCAGAGAAGAAUUCCAUAGCAGACUAUCUAAAAGAAAGUGAAAAUAUAACUUCUCUUCAUAAUCAAAUAGAAGAAUGUGAUAAUAUACUGUCACGGAUGGAAAAUAUGCUAAUGGUGUUUCAGAAUGACUUGGGUAGUAUUAGUAAUGAAAUAAUAAGCUUGCAAAAACGUUCAGUUAAUAUGUCAGUUCAGCUGUCCAACAGACAAGUUCUCAAAGGACCACUGUCUUCCUUUAUUGAAGAUAUGGCAGUAUCAGAAACACUUAUAUUUGGAAUCAACAGUGUACCCGUUAUAGACAAAGAAUUCAUGGUUCAACUUGCUAUACUAAACCAAAAACUUAACUUUGUAAAAGAACAGGAUUUCAAAGAAACAAAAGCUUGUCAUGAUGUGAAAGAUGUUCUAGAAAAAUUAAAAAUUAAAGCAGUAAAUAAGAUAAGAACUUAUAUAUUAGAGCAAAUAUAUAAGUUCCGGAAGCCAAUGGCUAACUAUCAAAUACCUCAAAACGCAAUGUUAAAGUAUAAAUUUUUCUUUGAAUUUGUUUUGGCUAACGAAAGAAAUGUUGCCCAAGAGAUCUGUAAUGAGUAUAUUGAUACAUUAAGCAAAGUCUACUAUUCUUAUUUUAAAUCCUAUGCAUCAAGAUUGGAUAAACUGAAAUAUGAAGAAGCACCUACAAAAGAAGACUUGAUGGGAAUAGAAGAUGGUUCUAAAGGAGGAUUUUUCCAAAAAUCUAAUUUAAAGAAUAAGAGUACUAUUUUUACUAUUGGUAACCGAGGGGAUGUUUUAGCCCAACAGCUUGAAGCACCCAUAAUAGUUCCCCAUGUGCAACAAAAAACAAAAUAUUCUUAUGAAGCUUUGUUUCGAAGUCUUCAAUAUGCACUUGUAGACAAUGGCUGUAAAGAGUACUUAUUUACAACAGAGUUUUUUCAUGUAAAGGGAAGCCAUGCUCAAGAAUUGUUUGAUAGAAUUCUUGGCAAAACUUUAUCACUACUGGUGAAAAAUGUGGAGAACUAUGUACUAGAAUGUUAUGACUGUUUAGCAUUGUUUUUAUGUAUCCAACUCAUCAACAGAUACAGAUGGAUGUGUCAUAAAAGAGCUGUGGGAGCAUUAGACAGCUAUUGGGAUUCAUUACACACAACUUUGUGGCCACGAUUAGAAUAUGUUCUAAAAUUAAAUAUACAAAGUGUACGAGAAUGUGAUCCAGCCAAGUUAUCUAAUAAAGAGUUAGGACCGCAUUAUAUAACUCGCCGAUAUGCUGAAUUUUCUGCUGCAAUGUUAAGUCUAAGUGAACAAUUCCCAUCUGAAGAGCUUAGUAAUCUCCUUUUGAUCCUACAGGAUGAAGUCCACUGUUUUCUUCUUAAAAUGGCAGCUGAAUUCUCGCAAAGGAUUCAGCAACUGAUAUUUCUUAUUAAUAAUUAUGAUAUGGUCCUCAGUAUAUUGAUGGAAAGGACAAGAGAUAACACUAAAGAAGCAGAAAGUUUUAGAGAACAAUUACAAGCUAGAAGUACAGAGUAUGUGGAAGAAAUACUAAGUCCACAUUUUGGUGGUAUGAUGCAAUUUGUCAAAGAAGGAGAACAGCUACUCGAGGGCGACAAUAAAGUUCAACUAGUUAGUUUGGAAAGAAGAUCUUUACCUUUGGUAGCAUCAUUUAGUGCGGGAUGGAAACAGAGUCUCGAAGAAAUUCACAGAGAAGUACUUGUAUCAUUCCCGAAUUUAGUCACUGGAUCUGGACUAUUGCAAAUGGCAUUGACAAACUUCGUGCAAUAUUACCAUAAAUUUGUAAAACUGUUAACUCCUAAUGCCAGAACACAACUAGUAAAUAUACAUGUUAUAAUGGUAGAAAUCAAGAAAUAUAAAACUAAUUUUUAACCUCUACGCAUAUUAUACAAAUACUAAUUAUAACAAUCAGACAUUGCCACUACUAUAUUCAUUGUCCCCAAAUUGUAGACUAACACAUCUAGUUACCAACAAAUGUCUCUCAAUCUAUUUUGAACUUAAUCCUGUCUUAAGUCUGAAUUCUUGUCAUUCACUUAAAAGGAGGACGAGAAAUGCAUGACGUUAGCUUUCUUCGGUUCAGAUUGAGGAUUGAGAUGAUUAAUAUUGUGUUAAGGCUGAGUGCGUAUUUGUAAUAUAUUUAUACAUCAUAAAUAAAUAAUACUGUAUAUGAGGGUAGUUAUUUAUUUUUUUUCCCACAUUUUACUAUUCACAUUAAAGUACUUAAGCUACUUCCAAAAUGAAGUAGUUUUAUAUAAUCACAGUUGACUUGUCGUACAAUAAAAUAAAAAAAUUUAAAACAAAACGAAUACAACAGAAAAAUAGUGAUGCAGCCUGCAGCAUACUUCCAUUUACAUAAUUUUAACAUAAAUGGUACACAUUUAAAUAUAAUAGUAAUAUUACAUACAUUGCCUAACCACAAUAAGAAUUACAAUGCUAGUUUAAAACUGCAAAAGUUUUUGUCUUUAAACAAUUGUUUGAAUCACACCAAAUUAACAAUUUCCAUACAAUUAAAUGCACAAAUCUUCAUUGCAUGACGUUCAUUUUCGAUAAUGUCGUUUUCCACAUUUUUAAGGGUUUCUGACAUACGAAAUCACUAAUGAGUUUUUCAAAUUCUGGCGAUAUGCGCUGUGGUUUCCAAGUAAGAAGAGUAUGCACAACACGAUUAUAGUUAUGCCUACUCAUAUAUAUCAAACUAGUGAAGAUGGCUUCGUGCAUCUCUGGUGAAGCUAAAAAGGAGAAAGAUUUAUGAAAAAGAAAUAAUAUUUUUGUAUAAUUAACAAACUUUUUGCUAAUGCCUCACAGCAUUGUGUAUAACUCGUACAUAUUAACAUGACACCUGA